AUGCCUGAAGCCGAUCAAACUAUUGAAACAGAAGAAAAGAUGUCUGCUAUAGGGUAUGGAAAACCUCCAUGGGUGUUCAAAGGCAGUGCCUUGUAUCAGCUUCAUCUUGUGAAAGCAGAGACUGCUCGAGCUUUGAUUCCCAAAGAAUUCAAGUUAGUGGAGGCAUUUGGAUACACCCUCGGCGGAUUUUUUCUUGCGAAUUAUGAAGACAGUCCUGCUGGAAAUUUUGACGAGCUUGUGGUCUUAGCAGGACUUGUUUGGAAUCCUCCUACAUCCUGUGCAUGGGCUGCACGAGUGCUUGUGAGCAGCGAUCAAGCAUGUGACCAUGGACGAAAGGAUGUUGGACUUCCUAGUCAAGUUGCCACUUUUACAAAGAAAGUUACAGCACUUCCUGUGACAAGGAAAGGUCCGUUUCGUAGCUUGUUGAGCAAGAUUGGUAUGGAUGAUUCUUGUAAGAACGGGAAGACUUGCAUGAGUAUACAUGUCAAAGAGAUGAUCAACAACCACAAAGCAAUGAGCCUAUGCAGUAUCAAUCUUACUGCUAAUGCUUCAUUGUUUUUGUGA